AUGUUGGCCUUCUAUUCGAUUCUGGUUUUGCUGUCUCUGCUACCAGUUGGUUUCCAAUUGGACACUUAUCUAACACCAACACCACAAGAGGCUGGACCUUCACAAAUAAUCGUUGUCAAUGAUAUCAUUAAGAAAGUUCACAAGGAAAGAGUCAUCGAGAUGCUGUUGGUAAUGAAUCGACGCCAGGACAUCAAUUGUCCCUUAAGAGAUAUCAAUCCGUUGGAGCUACCAACUCUACGCCUGGAUGAAGAACGCAAUAUAACCAUAAAGAGGCACUUCAAUAGAAAAAUACUCGCUUUAGUUUGUUUAUCUGAGCUACCAGAUACCAGACUGCUGAGUGCCCUGGCAGAUAAUCUUCAUCGGAUGAGAGAGACUCCAAUUAUAAUCUUGUUAAAUAGUGUGGCGUCAAAUCUAACAAAGGACCUGCAAAUAAUUUGUGAAACUACUGCGAACUAUAACUUCAUCCAUUUAAUUGUUCUACACUUAACGUCGAACCGUAUCGAAGAAUCGAUUGUAACAUAUCGAUUGCAACCAUUUCCGAGUCCAACUUUAGAGCGCAUCCGAAAUAUAAGUGACGGACACAUAUUUCCCAAGAUGUGGUUAAAUUUUAAGGGGAAAACGGCAUUGUUUUUACCAGAUCUUUCUAUGCCUCGCAGUAUGUUGGCAACUGAUCCACGUACUGGAGAGCAAAAGCUUUGUGGCUCCUCUGACAGACUGAUCCUUGAGUUUGUAAAAGCACUUUUGAACAUGCGAGCAUUUGCUGGGGUCUUGGGAUUACCAAUGCCUCCAAGAAGGAAUAGAACCAGUUUAUCACUACAACAGAUCGUAAUCAUUAUGAGCAUAUUUAGUUUAGUUUUCUCCUGUUUUUUUAAUGCCAAUUUGAGCACUUUAUUAACAAAACAUCCUCAGAAUAAACAGAUUCAGAACUUAAAAGAGCUGAGGGAUAGUGGACUACCAAUUAAAACUGAUAAGAGUGCGAAAAUGAAUAUGGAAAAUGCAAUCAAUGCUGAGUUUUUAAAAAAUGUUUUACCCAAUUCUGAAUAUCUGUCGAACAAAGAAUUUCGAAAACUACUUUUCACUUUAAAUUCUAGCUACGGCUAUCAAACAUUUACAACUGCAUGGAAUGUCAUUGACAAAUAUCAGAGGUAUCGUCAACAAAAUGUUCUUUGUACAUCUAGUGGCCUACACGUAUCUAAAAAUAUUCCAACGGCUUACGUGUUGAAGAAAAAUUCCAUUUUUCGCCAGGCAUUCGAUGAUUUUAUUAAUUUAACUUGGAGCUACGGACUUAUCAAUUACUGGAUAGAGCAGGCAAAGGAAAUUAUGAUUCAUUUGGCUUUCGCCAAGGAAACUACACCAAACAAUCAAGAAUCAAAAAUCACACCAUUAAAUAUUGAGGAUUUAAAAUGGCUAUGGAAAUUGCUUGGUGUUUGCUAUAGUUUAGCAGGUUUGGUUUUCAUGGUGGAAAAAUGUGUAGCAUACUUGCAACGUAAACGAUUUAAUAGGAAAAUCUAUCCAAAUGUAUGA